CGAACAAAGGAAUGACCUAGCCCUUCUAUUUAUCCCUCAGUCUGAGGUACCUACCAUAAUAAGCUGUUUCUCUCUCAUUUGGCGUUAAGGCUGUUUUUCGAACAAAAUCCGAAUGUUCUUUGUGAAUAACAUCUCAAGAAACAAGAUUAAUAGCUGUUAAUGGCUAAUGAAACGUCAACACAGGAUUAGUCACCUGAUUCAAAUCAACCAAUGAAUUGCAGCUGAAAUGUAUUGUUGAUUACUUCAAACUAUGGCAACGUGAUUGUUGUUGUAUUCCUCUACUGUAGUUAUAUUUUCAGUAUUUAUAUAUAUUUAUUUUAUCUAUGCUUUGAAUAUUUCAUAAAAGUCUGUAUAUAGAAUUUGGGUUUAAAAUUUUAUGCAGAAUAAUUCUCGUAUAAUUUCAUUUUAAUUGUCUAAUUUUGUAUUUAUUGUGGAGGUGUGUGAUACUUGUAAAUUGUUAACGUGUCUGUGAAAGCUUCUAAAUUUUUAAAGGUUAAAGUUUUUAGUAUUUUAACAAGUCUGGAAACUUCUGAUUAUGGUCAAAGUAACAGUUAUAGGAGGAGGAAGUCUUGGUGUUAAAAUUGUUGGGGAAUUAGCAUAUCAUGGCCAUGAGGUGCGGGUGUAUGAUCGAAAUCCUGAGGCUUUAGAUCGAGUUCGUUUAAGAAUUCAAGAAGAUAAGCGUCUUCUCACUGAAGAUGGACUCUUACUAACACCUACAUUUUUAGGUGAUGUGUAUUACAUAAGCAGAUUAGAAGAAGCUGUUAAAGUGUCAGAUUUCAUAAUUGAAGCUGUACCUGAUGAUUUAGCUCUAAAACAGGAUUUAUUUGAAUGGAUAUCACAGUGUUGUAAAAGUGAUGCAGUAAUUGCUACAAAUUCUAUGAAUUUAAGUAUAGAUGACAUAGCUGAACGAGCUGCUCAGAAAGAGCGAUGCUUAAUUAUGAGAUUUUUGUUUCCUGUGUACUGCAUACCUGAAGUUGAAAUAGUACCAGGGAAAUUCACUUCAUUAGCGACACUGGAGAAAGUUCGCAUGUUUCUUGCUAGAAUGGGAAAAAUUGCUUUCUUUAGAUGUGGAACUGAUCCACUUGUAUUGAGUCCAGAACAAAGAGAAGCAAAAAAGUCAGUGCUAGUAGAUUGUCCUGGAUCAGACCAAGGAAGGUUCUUUUACGAGGGCUCUUAGGCAUGUAACCUUUAU